AUGGCUUCAAAAAUCCUGGUGAACAUAAAGGAGGAGGUGACCUGCCCCAUCUGCCAGAUACUCCUGACAGAACCUCUGAGUCUAGACUGUGGUCGCAGCUUCUGCCAAUCCUGCAUUACUGCAGAAAAGAAAGAGUCCAAGAUCAGCCAAGAAGAGAGCAGCUGCCCUGUGUGCGGAAUCAGUUACCAGCCAGGUAACCUGCGGCCUAAUAGGCACAUGGCCAACAUAGUGGAGAGGCUCAGGGAGGUCAAGUUGAGCCCAGAGAAGGAGCAGAAGAGAGAUCUCUGUGUGAGCCAUGAAGAGAAACUCCUGCUCUUCUGUAAGGAGGAUGGAAAGGUCAUUUGCUUGCUUUGCAAGUGAUCUCAGGAGCACCGUGCUCACCACACAUUCCUCAUAGAGGAGGUUGCCAAGGAGUACCAGGAGAAACUCGUGGCAGCUCUGUUGAGGCUGAAGGAGGAGCAGGAGGAAGCUGCAGAGUUGAGAGCUGAUGUCAGAGAGGAGAGAACUUCAUGGAAGAAUAAAAUACAAAAUGAGACCAAACGCGUCCAGGCAGAGUUCAAUCAAAUGAGAGUUCUCUUGGACUAUGAGGAGCAGAAUGAGCUGCUAAAGCUGAAGAAUGAGGAGGGAGAUAUUCUUCAUAACCUGGCCGAGGCUGAGAAUGAGCUGGUCCAGCACAGCCAAUUGGUGAGAGCUCUCAUCUCAGACAUGGAGCAUUGGUUGCAGGGGUCAGCAGUAGACAUGCUGCAGGAUGUGAAUGACAUCAUUGAAAAGAGUGAGACCUUGACUCUGAAGAAGGGAAAAACUUUUCCCAAAGAACAAAGGAGGGUGCUCCGAGCUUCUGAUCUGAUAGGGAAAUUGCAAGCGUUUAAAGAGCUGACAGAGAUCCAAUGUUAUUGGGUGGACGUGAAGCUGAAUCCAGUCAACGCUAUUCCGGGUAUUGUCCUAUCUUCGGAUCAGAGACAAGUGAUAGUUGUGCAAACUUUUACUGUUAGGAAUACAUAUCGAUAUGAUUUUUCCACUUUUGAUGUCUUGGGCUGCCAAUGUUUCUCAUCAGGGAAAUAUUACUGGGAAGUAGAUGUGUCUGGGAAGAUUGCCUGGAUCCUGGGGGUAUGCAGUAAUGAAAGGAACUUCCAGAGCAAUUGGAUCUCUAGGAUCAUUUUUAGCCCAAAUGUAAAUCAUCCAAAUGUAUACUACAGAUACAGACCUCAAUAUGGCUACUGGGUUAUAGGGUUACAGAAUGAAUCUGAGUACAAUGCCUUUGAGGACUCUUCCACAUCUGAUCCCCAGCUUUUGACUCUUUCCAUGGCUGUUUCUCCCCAUCGUGUAGGGAUUUUCCUAGACUAUGAAGCCUGCACAGUCUCAUUUUUCAAUGUCACAAACCAUGGGUCACUCAUCUACAAGUUCUCUAAAUGUCAAUUUUCUCAGACUGUCUAUCCAUAUUUCAAUCCUUAGAACUGUCCAGGCCCCAUCACCUUGUGUCCACUGAGCUCCUGAACCUUCUUAAUCCCUCACCCACCUCUGCUUAGUGCCCUGGUCCUGGGGCUCUUCUCCUGUUCUGAGUUUAUUUGUACCAUUCUGGCUGCCUCUCUUUUUUUCCUCUUCUUUUAUUUAGAAUGUCUUUGUGUUGGUCUACUAGGGCUGCCACAACAAAGUACAAAGGACUGGGCGAGUUAAACAGUAGCAAUUUAUAUUGUCACAGUUCUGGAGUCUAAAAGCCCAAAGUCAAAGUGUCAGCAGAGUUGGUUCUUUCUGAUGGCUGUGAUGAAAGGAUCUGUUCAAAGGUUUCUCCCUUUGGCUUGUAGAUGGCUGUCAUCUCCCUGUGUCUCUUCACAUCAUCUUCUCACUGUGCAUGGCUCUGUGUCUAAAUUUCCCCUUUCCAUAAAGACGCCAGUUGAAUCAGAGUAAGGCCUACCUUAAUGACAGCAUUUUAACUUAGUUACUUCUGGAAAUACCCUAUCUCCAAAUAAGGUCACUCUCUGAAGUAUUAGGGGUUAGGACUACAACACAUGAAUUUUGGGGAACACAACUUAUAACAGUCUUUUCUACUUCUUUAUCAUACAGUGAAAUCUUGAACCCUUCCUUCCUAGUAUCUUGUUUUCACUAGGAAAGAAUUUCUUAGUAUUGUGUAUUUGAAAGGGAAACACAUCUAAUCCUUCCCAUAGAAAGGACAGUAUUAUUGUAACUCCUAUGACAUUUCUUUUCUUCUUCAUUUCCUCUGCUGCUUAGCAGAAUUAGCAAAGGAAAACUUGCUCAGCUCUGUCCAUGUUGUCUAGGCCUGUGCAUAAGAAUCUGUCCCUAAAUAGUGAAUCCUUCAGAAUGUGUUGCUUUACCAAUGGCACCCAAUAUUUAUCACAGAGUUAAAGCAGCAAUCGUAUAAAUAAAAUAUUUAACCAAGAGUAGACUUUUGGUGCUCAGAGUUUCUGAAGUCAAAUCUGGUCUCUUCACUCUCAAGCAGUGUAACCUUGAAUUAGUUACUUACUAUCUCUUGGUCUCAUCUUCUUAAAAUAAAAAUUGAUAUUAAAGAGUGUAGCCAGUUCCUAGGAUCACUUUGAGAAACCAUAUUUUAUUAAGUGUAAAGCACUUU